CGCCUCCCCGGCCCUGCCGCAGCGCGCCGCAGUCCGACCUCCGCGCCCGGCGCCGGGAAGGCCGGCGGACGGCCUCGUCACGUGUCCUCGGCGACCGCGGAACAGUUCCGGUGGCCUGGAGGAGUCCUUUCCAAAUAUAAGAGGAAUAAAGAAGUCACUUCCCCAGCUGUCAUCAUCUGCCAACAGAUUGAGCAAAAAUAUUUCAAGCACUACAGAAAAGACAGUCCAUCAAACCCUAGAUGAUGAUCAGCCAUGUGAUUUUUUCAAGAAAGGGAAUCGGGUGAAUCAGUGUCAUCAGAAAAGCAGCAAUAUGAAUGCUGGCCCAUCUUGGAAUAAAGCACAACGUUCAAAAAACUCUUCAGGAAAAAGGCAGAGUAAAUCCCAGGCACCCCAGGUGUCCCCCCAUCUGCCUGUGGACAGACUCAGAGAAAGCGUUUCCCCGGAAGGCAAACCCAAAAGGAGCCCCCUGGACCCCAGGUGUCGGGGCGCCUCGGGGAACGAGCUGUUUCUCGACCUUCAGUGCAUGAAAAUCAUGAAGGAGGGCGCAGACGAGGACGAGGACAGCGCCAGCGACUUGUCGGACUCGGAGAGAGUCCCGGUGCCACCUUCCGCGCUCGCGCCCCCGGAGCUGCACCUGCGAGCGGAGGAGAUCGAUGCCGCCGACCCGGACCCGGACCCGGACCCGCGGGGCACGCAGACCCCCUACCGCUACGCGGACUUCCUCCCGGCCCCGUUCAGCUCCUGGGACCUCCGCGACCUGGCCGUGCCACCGGGCGCCGAGCCCAGGCCAGCGGCUCAGGGUGGCGCGGCGGGGCUGCUCGCCAGGUACAUCGACAGGCUGCUCCAGCUCGAGUGGCUGCAGAUGCAGACCGUGCAGGGUGAGAAGGGGAAGGGCGCCAAGGCCAGGCCUCCCACCGCCCCCGGCAUGGCGGGGGCUCUGAAAAGCCCAGGCAGAAGCAAGCUGGUGGUCAGCGCUCCAGCCAGGCCUCACCAAGAGGGGGCUCCCAAGUCAGGCGCUUCCCGAAGGAGAGACCUGCACCUCGAGGAAGCCCGUCCAUCCUAUUACGCCUUUGACACCCCCCGCAAAGCUGUCCACGUGGCGCGGAGCGGCGGACCAAGUUCGCAGAAGCCAGCCUUGGAGGGCAGGACGGAGGAGCAGAAGAAGAAAUGGACUAAGAGCCCCAGGCCGCAGCGCCGGGACCUGCCCUGCAGUGACAGCGGCCCCCGCGCGGACAGCGGCGGUGGCGGUGCUUCGGCGCAGGCGGUGACCACCCCGGACUCCUGCGGGGCCCCCAGAGCGCAAGCUCACGGGAACCUGAAGAAGAAGGGCAGUGCCAGCACCUGCUCUCAGGCCACCACAUCCAGUGAGAAGAAAUUCAAAACCAAUGGAGUAAAGCAAAGCACAUACAGAUUCAAAUAAUAACUGAAAUAACGAAUUGCAAAGGCCCGCGGAUACCUAAACACGAGAGCUCUGGCACAAGUCACGAUACGGUGCAUUUUAGGACAUUUUAUGAUGACUGACAUGUAAGUCGUUGACUGGCCCUUUAAGUGCAUCCCCACCCUUACCCCAGCCACACUGGGCUUAUUGCCGAACAAAGGUGUCUUUCAAUAAGCCUCUCUUUGUCCUGACUGUCUUAAGCAAGUGAGAGCCCUUUUGAGGAAAAUUUAACCAAGAUCUGUGCCAUAUAAAGAAAAUGACAGGGAAAGAGAGGUCUGAACUGGAAACAGCAGCCAGCCCACAACAUAAGGCAGGCGGUAACGUUCAGCUCCCCACUUGGAGUGUGCCUGCGUGCAGAAAGCGCAUACGUACUGCUUUGAACCCCUGUGGGAUCUGAAACGUUUGAGAUCGAGUUCUUGGUGUCCUCCUCAUGAGCUGUCCAAACAGAAGUUGUGUCCACUUCAGCCCGAGGAGAAGCUUCAGCUCUUUUCUCAAGUUUGGGAGCCAUCUCUUUUGAGCAAAGUUAUGUAUCACUAAGCUGCUUGCUGUUUCUAGACCGUGGAAUCUAGCACUUUUCACAGUUGUUGUUUUUUGUUUAAAGUGUUUUAAAUGUCGAGGUGGUGGGGAAGUCCGCCUUUGGAGUCUUUGUAUUUGCGGUUAAAGUGGUGCCAAGACUUUGUCCGGCUGUAAGUUAGCGGGUCUCGGCGGGACCGCUACUGUUUGGUGGGAGAUAAACAUGUGUUUCUGUAUGCAUGUGCAUACAUGCAGUGCACGUAUGGCUUCUGGAAGAAGGUGCACAGAAAAACCACCUUUUUAGAGUUUGUGCAUGAAAGGCCUACGAUCAGACACACACAGAGCCACAUGUGACUGUCACAGUCAUUCCAUUACUGAUUUGGAUAUCCUGCUGUCCGUAGUCAGUAUAAGGAUCUGUUUUACUUCGCAAGAGCAGGAUUUUACCACCUUGCUUCGGGGCAGAGGAGUGAGGACACGUUUCAGAAUGGACAGGGGAAUUGGAUAGGAAUGAUAGGGAUUACUGAGUGUCUUCUUAACAUCCUUAGCUGGUCCCUGGCUCCCUGGCUCUCCUAGAUCCUAGAUGCUGCUUAUUUAACUGUCCUUAAGUGAUGCCUGCUUGUCCAUACACUUGUGCUGUGACACAAGUCACAUACAGAUUCAAUUCUGUUGCUACUGUGAAUAUCUUUAAAACCUUCGGUUGAGGGGUGCCUGGGUGGCGCAGUCGGUGAAGCGUCCGACUUCAGCCAGGUCACGAUCUCGCGGUCCGUGAGUUCGAGCCCCGCAUCAGGCUCUGGGCUGAUGGCUCAGAGCCUGGAGCCUGUUUCCGAUUCUGUGUCUCCCUCUCUCUCUGCCCCUCCCCUGUUCAUGCUCUGUCUCUCUCUGUCCCAAAAAUGAAUAAACGUUGAAAAAAAAAAAAAAAAAGAAAAGAAAAAAAAAACCUUCGGUUGACUGCUGGAUAUCCAGUAUGUUUUGAUGACUGUAGCUGAUUUUAUGUCUUUAAAUGAUCACUCUCUUUGUUUUCAUACACAUGGGUUUCAAUUUUUUCACCUUUGGGGCAAACUAAAAACUUGGCUCUUUUCAUUUGAAAAUGUACACCGGCCUGCAGGCUCCGUGGACCCUGCCAUCCAAGCGCCAUCUAAGAUGCUUUAAGUUAAUAGCCUAAGGACAAGAUGCAUUUGUAAAUAAAAUAAUCAUGGGUAGAAGUUCAAUAUUACGGUGCCAUUUUAAAAUCUGACUUUGAUAACGUUAAACAACAUACACACAUUUUCAAGGUCAUUUUUUUCUUCCAAGAGUUUAUGUCUAGAGUUUUAUGGAUUCCCUGUUAGAGUCUUUACCUUUCACAGCCCCCUAUGGGAGAAAGUAUGCUCUUAACAUGAAGAUCUCGUACCUUUGGAUGUGAACAAAGACGUGCAUCCAGCGGGCAUCCCUUCCCGAGUUCUCGGUGACGCUGUCACUUCCACACCUGGUGUCUGUGUUGUAACUUGAAAACAGCGCUGAUCUUCACCUUUUUGUGCUUCCUGAGUGGCACCCCGUGUAUCCUGCACCCUACCUGCUGCUCGUGAGUGCACACGGACUGGUCCUUUAUACACGGCUGGUAGUGCACCUCGUGCACAAUCCUUUCUCUACUCAGAUUUUUACACAGCUCUUGAUAACAUUUCAGGGCCGAUAAAUCUCUGUAAGCACGUUAUACACACAUAUAUAUACUCCUGUUACCGAUACUACGGGGUUUAGGCUGCGUCGCUGCCUUCUCUGGUAAUGCUCCCUUUGGGUACUCUUGGACACCCCCCAGGGUGAGGCCGUCGGGCUUCUUUGCCUCGCCUGUGUCGGAGCCAACACGAUUCAGAAAUUUACAGGUGGCACCUGAGAUGUUCCAUUUGUUCCUUGCUCUUUGACUUGAAGUCAGUUGCCUAAUUUGGGGAAUAGUUAUAAUGUCACCUGUUGAGACCAUUUUAAAAGCCUGUGAAAGUGACUUUGCCUGUUUACUUUUUUGCCUCAGGUUGAUGCUUUAUUUUAACCAGUAUUCUUGCAACGGGAUCGGGGCUCCUGAUGAACCGCAUAGGUUCACUGCAGAACGUAAGCACAAUUUGAAUUCUGUGAUUUCUGGUACACAUCCCCAGCAUAGCCUCCUUUUGUAAACGCUGCAGACAGCAGACAUUUUCACGCAGAUGGCCCUGGCAAGUGGGAGUCGGGACCUCCUCUGGCUGGUCCGGUCGCAGCCACUGAGUGUCCUGCUAGUCUGGGGACAUGAGUCGUUCAUUCAGCAUUCAGAGAAGUGCCUCUCAUUUCUGGGGAAUUGUUUACAUCCAUGUUAUGCUUCAACCAAUUAAAAUGAUGCAAGGUAAAAAAAAAAUGUAGAGAAUGUAAGAAGAAUUAAUUGCUUCCGGCUCAGAACCAGUGGAAAAUGUAAAAACAUACAAAAACAAACUGCAAAAAUAUAUCAGUAUUAGUACAGUUCUUUAGAUUGAGACUACUUCUCAAAUCUUCAAUGGCUCGAUUGGCCAAAGGUUCGUAAGUGACUGGGCACUUACGAGGGCAGGGUGGGUGCCCCAUGUCAGCAAAGAUCGGGGGACGUGGUUGAUCUCAUGGCAGCUACGGGCUCAAGGGAGGAAGGUUUGGAGUGGUUCUUAAGCUAUUAGGUUAGUUUCCAGAGAAACGGAAGAAUCUUUACCUUUCGUGCUUUAAAUAUUGCCCAAGUCCUCUUUAUGCUCACCUACUUGAGUGGUAAAAAAUAUAAAACUCUGGGUAGGUGGUAGUGAAUUUCAUGGUAACAGAGAAGCAGUAUUUAUUAUGUAUUCACGUGCACGUACAGAGCUCCGUUUCAAAUGGCCUGACUCUGUGGGGCAUGUUUGUUAUUUGCUGUUACGAUUAUCGUAUGCUUGGUUUUGUACAUAAUAAUACAGAGUGCGUGCAAGUUUUUGUGAGUCUGGAUUUCUUUCCUUGAGAUCAAUUAAACAGUAGGAGAU